AUGGCGCCCGCAAAGCAGAAAGCCCAGAAGAUGUCCCUCGGGAACUUCUUGGCUGACGAGAACUUCGGCUCCUGGGCUGAUGAGAUGGAGGACAUGCCUAUGCCUGCCCCCUCUCAGAUGAGCUUUGGAGGCGAGCGCCGCUCCGCUGCUCCCUCUUCUGGCUUCGGCGGUGGUAGCAGCUACGAGCGUGGUGGCUACGCCGUGAGAGAACCUCUGCCUCUUCCCACCGAGCCCCCCUACACUGCCCACGUUGGCAACCUGUCCUUCGAGGCGACCGACGCCGAUAUCUCCGAACUCUUUGUCGACUGCAGCGUGACCAACGUCCGGGUUGUGGAGGACAAGUUGACCAAGGCCCCCAAGGGUUUCGGAUACGUGGAAUUCGAGACGGUCGAUGGCCUGAAGAAGGCGCUUGAUCUCUCUGGCGCGACCCUUCAGGGAAGAUCCAUCCGCGUCAGCAUCGCCGAACCCCCCAAGGAACGUGAUGUCAAGGAAUUUGACUGGACCCGCCGUGGCCCCCUCCCGGAUGCUCCUCAGCGCCGCGUUCCCGACCGCUCCUCUUUCGGACGCAACCUCGACAACAUGUCCGAUGCCGGCAGCGAGCGUGGCGGUAGCCGUCGCAACUUCGAGAGCGAUGGAAAGUUCCGUGAUUUCGGCAACUGGGAACGCAAGGGUCCUCUGUCCCCGCCCCCCGCCCCCGUGAGAGAAGGUGGUCGCCCCCGCAGCAACGAAGCGCCUGGUUUCCGACGCAGCUCGCCCGGCUGGGGUGAGGGACAGGGACGUGAGGGACGCGAGGGACGCGAUGGACGCUCCCAGGACGGCUCCCGCCCCCCCCGCCGCGAAUUCCAAGAACGUGCCCCCACCGCCGCCGAGCUUGACAACGCCUGGAGAUCGAAGAUGCGUCCCGACCAGGCUCCCAAGGAGCCCAGCAACCCUACGUCGCCCACCGCCGCCGCUGCCGCUCCCGCCACCCGUCCCCGGUUGAACCUGCAAAAGCGCACCGUCGCCGAGGGCGUUGCUAGCCCGACCGGCGCUGGCGAGUCCAAGGCCAGCAUCUUCGGUGGUGCCAAGCCCAUUGAUACUGCCGCUCGUGAGAAGGAAGUUGAGGAACGCCGUCAGAUUGCGAUUCGCGAGAAGAAGGAGGCGGAUGAGAAGGCUCGUGCCGAGAAGGCCGAGAAGGCCGAGAAGCAGCGCACCAAGGACCAGGCCAAGACCGAGAAGUCCGCCACGCCGGCGGAUGCCAACGGCAAGGACACCCCCGAAACCGCUCAGGGCGCCAAGAACUUCGAGAUCCUCCGGCGGGCCGACGAGGACGAGAGCGCUGCUGCUGGCGAGGAGAAGACGGAGGAGGCUCCUGCCGCUGCGAAGGCCGAGGCCCCCGCCGAGGCUGCGCCCAGCAAGGCCAACGGCAACUGGCGGAGCGCGCCCAGCGAGGCUGCCCCGGCCGGCGGCGACGACGAGGGCUGGAGCACGGUGAGCUCGAAACCGCGCAACAGCCGCCGUGGCGGCCGCUCGUUCGCAUAG